AUGCCAGGUGGCUGGAUGGCACAGAAACCUGGAGAUAAACAAUAUAUGGAUAUUGCUUGGGAAGCAGUAGGAAAGGUUAAUGAAGAUGCAAAGAGCAACGGUCUGUCUAAUUCUGCUCUUAUUCCAAAAAAAGUUCUCUCGGCUGAGUCACAAGUUGUUGCGGGGAUAAAAUAUGAAGUCUUAGUUGAAUAUGUAGAUUCAACCUGUUCUAUUGAUACCAUCCCUAAGAAAACAACAUGUCGGGAAAAAAGUGGAAACGGAAAGACCUACGAAUAUAUCGUUCAAAAGUACGAGCGAGCAUGGGAUAACGUUAACGAGAUCACAGUAAGCAGACCAUAA